AAUAAAAAAGUGCCCGUCAAAUGAAAAAUUUUUAUAAAAAGUUUUAAGUUUUGUUCAAGUAGGUAAUUGAGAAAAUAAUGAGAAUAUUACAAAUCACAAUAAUAUCUGCCUGAUUUUAUGCAAGAAAAUUUAAUUCCGAAAGCGAUUUUGUUUGAAAAAGUGCUCCACAAAAGUAUAGUGAAUAAGCAGUAUUAUUGUAUUAAAUAAAAUUAAAGAAAUUGUUGGCGUUAAAUAUUCAACGCAAAAGCCGAUUGGUGCGACGACGAGUAGGCAGACAAACAAAAAUUUGAAAAAGGUUGAGCAAUAGAAAACAUGGCUGUAAGUAAUGACCAGCAUAUAGAUCCACAGUUGUGGCCACACCACUUGCAAAGACGCUUUCGACAUCAGCAACAACACGGUAGCCAAAAUCAACAAAUUCGGCCACAACUUAGUUGGCUAACAAUUUUGGCCGUUUGCUGCAGCUUACUGCACAUUACCUCAGCUCAUGUGGCGCUAACAUAUCCACCUGCACGUCAAUACGACUUGGAUUUUUUGGAUAAUGCUCGUACCAAGGGGCCAUGUGGUAUGCCGAAAGGCUCAAUUAAAACGUCACUAUUGGCUGGUUCCACAUUUAAUGUAACAUGGCACUUGGCUUAUGUACACAAGGGGGGAUUCCGUUUGCAACUGCUGGAUGAGAUGGGAAGACCCAUGUUGGAUUUGACGCCUCAAAUAAAUGGCUUUGACUAUGUCAAGAAUGAAAUGACGGCUCAAAGCUAUCCAGUUACCUUACCUGCAGAUGCAGAAUGCAGAAAUUGCACCAUUCGACUCUUGCGACAAGCCGACGAGUGGUCGACGGAUUAUUUGUUUUGGUCAUGUGCCGAUGUCGACAUUGUCACCCGAAAAGAUUUCAAAGAAACUUGUUCCGGAUCUGGUAAAUACUUCCCCUCCCGUUGCAAAUGCGAGAAGAACUUCUAUGGUCCCCAAUGCCAGUAUAAGGACGAAUGUACCAACAAUGCGGACUGCGGUAUCCAAGGUAAAUGUAUUGAUAUCGAGGGUUCAGCACUACCCCGCAAGCAAUGCUUCUGCAACUUCGGUUGGUUUGGACCAGGCUGUAACAAGAGGUCGCCAUUCAAAACCACUGAAGUGGAUUUGUCAGCAUACUCAAUGAAGGAAAUGUCACCGGACUACAAAACAUAUUGGCGCAUUCUGGAGGAGCAGAAGGAAAUAGAAGUUAUAUUGAAAGUGAAUAGUACAACAUGGAUUGGCUUUGGCUGGAGGCCAAGGGGAAUGACAAAAGAUUGCAAGAACUUUCCCUUGCUUAAAGAUGAAGGCGAUGUAACUACAAACUUAAGAUAUUCCUUGGGUAACCGAGAACCUAGUGCCGAACCAGAACCAAAAUCGGAGCCUGAACCCGCUUCAGAGCCGGAGCCCUCUUCUGAGCCAGAGCCAGCUUCGGAACCAGAACCAAAGUCUGAACCCGAGCCCAAGUCAGAGCCAGAGCCCUCUUCAGAACCUGAGCCUAAGUCGGAACCUGAACCUAAAUCCGAACCAGAACCAACAUCGGAGCCAGAACCUAAAUCGGACACCGCAGCAACUUCGAAAUCAAAACGUCUGGCCGAUAUUGAUGAAGGCAUUCCCUUAGAAACAGGUUUCACUUACCGUGUUAGUUCCUCAGUCGGUAAUCGCCGACGACGCCAAGUUGAAGAUACACAACAUGAGCCACAGUCACAUCCCGAACCUACAUCCGAACCUGAACCAAAAUCUGAACCGGAACCAAGCUCAGAACCAGAACCUAAAUCAGAGCCGGAGCCCACAUCGGAACCAGAACCAAAAUCUGAACCUGAGCCCACAUCCGAGCCGGAACCCAAAUCAGAACCAGAGCCUUCGUCCGAACCAGAACCCAAGUCUGAAGAAGAUUCAAGUUUAGAUCGUAGACCAAAGCCAAAACCAUUUUCAAAACCCGAGCCUGAACCCUCAUCAGAACCGGAACCUUCGUCUGAGCCCGAACCUAAAUCUGAGCCCGAACCUAAAUCUGAGCCCGAACCUAAAUCUGAGCCCGAACCUAAAUCUGAGCCCGAACCUAAGUCUGAACCUGAACCCAAAUCUGAACCACAGCCUACAUCUACCAAAAAAGUUGUUGCACCACAAAAAAUAAACCCAGACGCCAAAUUGAAUCCGUACACCCCACGCCAUGACUUUAAUCCCAUGGAUUGCACCGACAUCGUUGUGGGAUCAGCAAGAGGCAUGGCAAGUCGUGUGGGAGACUACUACAGCAGAGAUAGGUCUACUCCCAGAUUGGAUGAAAUUUUUGGAGGAAAACAGGAUCUGACUCUAGGCACAGGCUACGAAAAGGAUGGAGUCACCACCAUAAUUUUCCGUAAGAAACUGACUGCUGACGAACCCACCGACCACUCGUUAACAGACGAUUUGACCGAAGUCAUUUGGGCCAAAGGUCAAGUAACCGACUUUUAUCGAACGGAUGAAUUAAAAUACCAUGGAUACCAAAUGCAGCGUGGUGUGGCACAAAUCAAUUUCUUUGAAAAAGACAAAUCCAAAGCUGGCAAGGACGGCGAUGGCUCGACAAAUGUUUUGGAUAAUGACUGCAUGGGUCACUGGAAGUAUCCGUCAAAUUGCUCACCUCUGAAUCAUACCUGCGAAUAUUACGCCUCCUGGGAAACUAUUGGACGCGGCGAUGAAAUGCGCUGGCAUAUCGAGACCUCUAACACUGAGACCUGGACUGGCAUUGGUUUCAGCAAUGAUGAGAAAAUGUCUCAGACCGAUGCCAUUAUUGGAUGGGUUGAUCGCAAUGGCCGUCCUUUCCUAAUGGACACAUGGAUUAAUGGGUACUCUUCGCCCAAGCUGGAUGAUCGCCAGGAUCUCUAUAGCGCCGAAGGUCGCAUUGAAAAGGGAGUUACGAUAUUAGAAUUUACACGGAAACGAAUUAGCAACGAUCAGCAGGAUUUGUCCUUCAGCGAUGACCAUUGUUUAUACCUGUUCUUCCCGGUCUUGGGUGGUGCCUUCAAUGCGGUUAACAAAAAAAUACGCAAGCAUGAAAGCAUUCCACCAGUUUCGCCAACUCGCAUUUGUAUUAAAUCCUGCGGAAGAGAAUUGUUGGCCACAAACAAUGCUCCGACAGCACCAGAACCAGACCGAUUAGUUUAUGCAGUUGGUGUCAAACUUAUGAAUCUUGCCGAAUCAUUUGAGGCACCCGCACCUGGAACAGUGGAGUUCAAGAAUUUGGCCUCAACCAUUUCGGACUCAUUCAACGGAGUUCUUAACAAUAUUCCCGGUUAUUACAAGACUGACAUUUUGGGUUUCGAAAAAGAUGGCGCUACCUCAAUGAUAGCCAAAUUACAGGCCAUGUUUGACAAGGACGAAUAUGAAAAGGGCUAUGCGCUAGCAACGAAUAACGUUCAAACCGAAGAUGACAUGAAAAACGGCGAACUUAUUAAAAUGGCCAUAAUGGACACUAUUGCAUCUGGCAAAGUUGGUUCUCUUACCGUUGAUCCACAAUUUUUAGAUUUCCAGGCUUUGGAAUACAAAUCAAUCUCAAAUUCGGAUGACACAAAGUUGUCAUUCUUCGAGCUUUCUGAGGUGCGUCUGUAUAUUGUUUUGGGUCUGAUUGCCGCUUUAGUUUUUAUAGCACUGAUUCAGGCCUCAUGCACCAUAUACAAGACAUCAAGAAAGAAUAAAUCGAAUAAGGAAACACUCAUACAGAAUUCUCCCUGGAAGGAGUACUCAUCGAACACAAACUAUGCAUUUGAUCCCUACGGCGAAACGGAGGAGAAGAACAUGUCCGGCAACAAGGACAAAUCGUCGCGCAAUCGCUCCUCCCAAUCGCAACAGACCACACUACAAAUGUCCCACUCACCGACGAGCAAAUCGCAGAUGUACUACGAAGGUACUAGCUCGCGUACUAAUGGAAACACCAGCACAGCUAAUGGAAAUACACAAGAGUAUCGUAGCAACGGUCGUACCCAGAGGUCGGGUCGUGAAAACAAUGGUCCAACAUCGACUCAAAACAAUAAUAAUAAUAACAACAACAACAACAAUGCCAAUGGCCAUUACGACCGUUAUGAUAGAAAUAAUGAUAACCAGGCUCCAUCAUCAUCAUACGCCAGAGGCAGUUCAUAUGGAGAACGUGCCUACUCGCUGCCCCGCCAACAGCACCUAUACCAACAGCAACAGGCCAACAUGCAGCCCUCUGGGUACUACACCCAAGAUCGGCGAGAUCGCAGCGGCCAACGAAACGGUGGGGGAAACGAGCGCCACCAUCGCGAUAGAUCACGCGAGGACCCUCGUCUGGUCUCAAAUGGGGGUGCUGAUACGCCCGAUUUCUAUUUCAUGCCAUCGCAGCGCAAGUAUUCCGGCGAAGUGGUGCGUGUCUAUGUGGAUUACAACAAGGAUCCAAAAAAUUAAACUUGGUGCCCUCUAGAUAAUCGUACAUUUUUAUUUUGGGAGAAAUUAAAAAUUUCAGCCAAUAAGUCAUCCUAAAUACUCAUUUCUUCCCUCAAGCCAAUGUUUUAUGUUGUAAGUUGAGUCCAAUGGUUGGCUGUAGCCUGCCAAAUGUGAUGUGGAUGAAAUGGUGCACUUGUUAGGGCUAGCUCCCUUUCCUUCGUCCUCUAUCAAAGAAAUCGAGAGUCACAAGUCAGAGUCGCCAAUUUUGUAACAUUACACAUAUGCAAUAGUAGUAAAUUAGAAUUAACAUAAAGCAGAGGAAAUGUUCAAAAAAAUUAAUUCGAAUAGCACAUAGGCAUGAAACAGGGCUCCUUUGUAUAUACCACAGAUGUCCUUUAUGUCUGACCCAAACAUUUCAAUUCGGAAAUAAGCUUAGUCCAAAUCUACUGGUAAGGACUUGCAUCUUUUGUUAUACCUAUACUUAUUACAAACAAACUUGUUGCUAUGGUAGUUUGCGAAACAGCUAAGACUUUGCUUCACAUAAAAACAUAUCAACUUUAGAACAUUUGCUGGUUAUAGAACUUUAAAAUCUUCGACAAAUUAAAAUGGUGAUAAAAUAAUUGAGAUAAUCUAAAAAUGCCGCUCAUAAAACUAAAAUACGAUUUUAAUGUAAUACGAUGAUUUUGUAAAAACGUAUCCUUUUAUAUUGAAAAGACAUUUCAUUGAACGAUAGCUUUAUAUCAUUGUCUGCAAAAUAAGACUUUCUUAUUUUCAAUAAUGAAGAAGUUCUAGGUUUGGGGCGUAACCUUCUCGAUAUCUCCGUUCUUUAAAAGAUACCACAAGUCCACAUGACCAACUAGUUUGGAACUAUACGUAAACACAUAACUUCAUUAAGAAUGUGGGUUGUAGUUCUAAUCGGAUCUUCAAACAAAUGAGAACUCUUCCAUUGUGUAAAGCAUUGGAGCAAACAUAAUACCCAGAGCCAUUAGGUGUAGAAUUACAUUUAGGGUUUUGCUUGAUGUUAUCUUUGGAUACGAUAUGAAGCUUAGUUAAAAAUAUUUUUACGAAGAAAAAUUUUUGAGAAAAUUCAGUUCCAGCUGAUUUUGUAGAUCGGUAAAGCCAAUCACCUUCCAAAAAGUUUCUAUGUACAUAUCAACGUAUCGUCGGCAACGUGCACAGUCAAUUUUGGAUUUUCAAUCUCUACUCUUUGUGUAGGUGAAUAUGAACUUACCCAAAGAUAUUUUAUCAUAACCGGCCAUCGACCCAUAUCACUACCCAAGUACACAAAACUUACCGAACUUGUCACCUCAAAUGAAAAUUAGUCAUUGUUUAAAUAUACAUACUCGUACGUGAGGACCUAAAACAAAGCAUAAUCAUAUAACCAAUUAGGUAACAUUUUAUAUGUGAAUUUGUCAAUGUCAUCUUGUUGAUGUUGUUCAUUACUUACCAAUGUACUAGUACCAUGUAAUUGCAAAGUGUCGUGUAAAUAUUUGUUUUUAAUUUAUAGCAUAAAUAGCAUUUUGAAAAAAAAAACAA